CGCGUCCCUUUCCUUUUCCUUCUGCUGGUGCGUGCCUGUCAGUGAUCCCAGUGGUGCCAUGUUCCUACGAAGUCUGAUCUCUGCUUUCUGUUUCAUCUUGCUCACAUCGCCGCUUCAUGCGCAUCAUCAUGACGGCGCGUCCGCCGCACAGCUGACCUCCAGGUCGCUCGUGAGUGCCUUCGAUGCAGCUCUGAUGGACACGCUUGACAAUGAUCCCUCCCUGAUCACCAAAGGAGAAAACUCCACACGCAUCGCCGCGUGGACAUGCAACCCGAGGUGAGCACCACGCUCAUCACGAGAGAGCAUUGAUUGCAUGCGCCAAUGUACGCACACCCCUCACGUGUGGUCCUUCUUGAUUGGUCGAUGCUCCCAGGGGCGACUGGUCUUACCCCCCGAUGGAAGAUCUGUCAGAGGAGGAACGGCUCUUCUGGGUGCUCAAGAACAGGACCCUUCGCGUUGGCGCCCUCGGCCCGUACGACUGGGGCCCUGACGGCAACUACACCAAGGUCCCGCCGGAGGGCUUCUGGCCCGACUACCUCGCUGAGAUUGUCUCUCGACUGGGGGCAUUCUACGGCAUGGAAGUGCAGAUAGAGCGCGUCUUCUUCGCCGAUUCAAAGGAGCUGCUGGAGACCCUUGACGACGGUAGGGCAGCCAAUGCAUGUGGGUGGGUGGACGAUGUGCCUGCAUCAUGCGUGUGUGUCGUCAUUUUGCAGGCGAGUCCGCACCGCCCGAGAAGCGCAUCGACAUGACUGAGCCGUACUACAUCCUGUCUGCUCUAGAUCACACCGACAGGCCCCGCCAGGAGCGGUUUCUGACCUCCUGCACCACGCUGGGUACCAUCGCCUCCGUGCUGGUCAAGGAAGACUCUCCUCUCUUCAACAGGACGGAGCUCAGCGUCGCAAUGAAGGUAGGCACAUCACACCAAGUGGAGGAGGGUCGGCACUUUAUACACGCGGUGUGUGUGGUGCAGUCUCGGGGGUCGUGGACGGUUGGCGUCUUGUCGGCUGGCAACUUUGACGGAGUGCGGCCUGUGCUGCCGCGCAACGCCACGCAGCAGACCUACUCUAACGAUGCGGACCUCGUGGCGGGCGUCAUAAACAGCGAGGUCUGCCGGCCGGCACGAAGGCUGUCGUGGCACACACACAGCAUUUGCUGCGUUGUGUGUCUGUGUGUGUGUCACAGGUGAUCGCGGCCAUCCACACUGGCAAGGUAGAGCCAGAGCUGAUGGAGGGCCUUCGUGAGUUCACGACGGGCUUUGUGCAAAGCCAGGCAGCCUUCUUCAGGUGAGCUGACUGGACACGUGCAAGUGCCGUCCAUUUGUGUAUUUCUGUGUGCGUCUGUCUGUGGUGCGUGUACGCUGUGCAGGCUGGAUCGGCCUGAGGAGUUUUGCAUGGCGCAUUACUCGGAGUUCGACCCACGGAGUGCGUCGGCGGCCCAUCCACUCGUGUCUGUCGGGCUGUGGCCUUUGGUCAUCUCCAUGGCUGGCAUGCUGUCGUUGGCCCGCUGCUGAUGAAAGCAGGAAGCUUACACGUACCUACAUGUGUUGUGCAUGUGUGUGAACGCUCUGGUGUGUUUUAUUACAUACGCGGUGCUGUCUUUUAUCUGAGGCUGCGGCUGCCGAGUUUAUUUGUUUGCUUGGAUGCUCGCAUUGAUUGGCUGGGACGAAUGGGUGUAUGUAUGUUGCGGCUUUUGGUGUGGGCUGCACGCAACUUUUGUGUGAGCGGGUGCCGAUGUGCCGUUCGAGCGUCUGACGUGCUCGUCGGGUGUCCGGCCUGUCGGUCGAUAACGCGCGGCUCCUCUGGCAUCCCAUGGGGAACACGAGGCUAUGUGUGGGAGGGGCGGAGUGGUUGAUUGAUUGAUUUGUUUUAGUGCAGUCAGGCCUGUUUAAGACUUAGUGAGCUUAUGACGUGUGCGGCUGCACACAGCCGCACACACACAUUCGUAGAGGCACGUACAGGCCUGCAGGAAGGCAAUCUCGAGAGAUUUGAGAUCAUGUCUGGACAGCAUGCAUUUUGAGCAGUAUAGACAGACACGAAAUGCAACAGACACGACAAUCGCAAAAGGCAGGCCCAAACUGCAAGUGAACGUGAAUUCGACAAGA